UUGGAUUUAUAAGAGUUCAAAUUUAUUUCAAUUAUUUUCAAAAAGGAUACAUUUUUCACACGGACCUAUAUAUACUAUUAUAUAGGUCUGUGAUUGUUCUUCUAAGGGGGAUAAAUAAACAAAAAAUUAAAAGAACAAAGUAAAGAUAACUUUAACAGAAAAUGGCAGACAAAAACAAAAAAACGUACGGUCUUAUCAUUCCAAAAAAAACUGGUCAAGUCGCUCAAAAAUCUAAGCAGUCAAGUUUCACAAAUGUAUUUGGAAAUGAAAGCGAUGAGGAAGAUGACACUAAACAGACUGUCACCUCAGCUAAAAAAAAUUCAGGCUAUACAGGGCCUAGCACAGUCAAAAGACAGACUCAGAUGGACAUUGAUAAGGCAUUGCAAGAGGAUCCCACGGUGUAUGAAUACGAUUCUAUCUAUGAUGACUUACAGGCUACCAAACCACAAGUUGGAGCUAAAGAAAAAAGUAGUGCUGAAAAAAAGCCCAGGUAUAUAUCUGGUCUUCUGAUGGCGGCGGAGGCUAAGAAGAAAGAAGAGGAAAGAAGAAAAGAAAGACAGGUUCAGAAGGAACGAGAAGCAGAAGGGGAAAUGUUUGCAGAUAAAGAAAAGUUUGUCACGUCUGCUUACAAGCAAAAAAUGUUGGAAAUGGCAGAGGCUGAAGAAAAGGAGAAACGUGAAGCUGCUAUGGAGAAUAUGUUAGACGUCACAAAACAGAAGGACAUAAGUGGCUUUUACAGAUACCUCUAUAGAACCACCACUGGAACUGAGGCUGUAGAAAUAAACAAAGAAAACCUAGUAAAGCAAGAACCGAUUGAUGACUCAUUAGUUCCACUGCAGUCUAAAUCUAAUACCACAGAGCUUUCUGAUUCAGAAAGCAAUGAGGGUUCUGAUAAAAGUCCAUCAGAUGCAAAGACAAAGGUAGAAUUCUCCAAACCUAACAGACCACAACAGGGAGGUCGAUUCCGCCAACACCGAUCAAAUUCUAGUUCUCCAGAAACAGACAGAAGAUCGUCUAAAAGGUCAGCUCCCACCCCCCCUCAAAAUUCAGAUGUUAACAACCAUGAAAGAGAAAGUAGCUCCCAUCACAGUCAGAGAAGAAGCAGGUCACGGUCAUCCUCUAGGUCACCAGCAAGGAGCUAUCAGAAAUCAAGUUUUCAAAGUUCAGAAAAUUUAAAAAGAAAAUCACGAGAACAAUCCAGGUCACGGUCAAGGGACCGAGCCCAGAACAAGAAAUCUAGUGAUAAACAUAACUCUAGGAAAAGCAGAAGACACAGCUCUCCAUAUUCAGAUAAGAGUAAUGCCAAAUCCUCGCCACCAACUGAUGACCCAAAAGACGACUCCCUAUUAUUACCCAAUGACAAAGAAAACAAAACUGAAAACAACACAGAUGUGAAGGUGCAGUUAGAUUCUGGCAAACCCAAGAAGCUGGGAAUGGAGAAAAAGCCGAUAGAUCCUAGAGAUAAAAAGUAUCCUCAUCACAACACACCUAAAGACAUUGCUGAAGCCAGAAAGCGCUACUUACAAAGAAAAAUUGCUAGAGAAAUGGCAGGAUAGAUUUCUAAUACAUGUUGUCCUGUCUCACUUGCCUGUAUAUAAAUACUAGUUUUGUAAACAAUGUUAUAAAUUGUUUAUGAAAUAAAUAUUGACUGUUAUGUUAAAAUGAAAACAAUUUUUUAAAAUGUUUAUUAGAAUGUAAAACAAAGUUUGACCUAGUCUUUUUGUAUGUAUUAACCUCACUGACUAAUAACUAUCUAACUUUAUGUUUGAUGAUGUAAUAGUCACUUGUUUAAAUGGGCUAUCAGGCGUACAGUGUUCCAUUCCUUGUAUAUACUUUGACAAAUGUCCUGAGGCUUUGGGUAGUAUGUAACAAGGGUCAAAAACUGCCUAUAAAAAAAAAAAUCCCCUUUUUAGACCUUGUGGUCAAUAGGGCAGAUGAUGCCAUCUAUUUCUGUGGCCUACAGUGAAUGAGGGUGUCAUGUGGCCAGCACAAUGACCAGCCCCUUUUAUUUUUGCCCAACAAAUGUAAGGUACCCAUUAGAGCUGGGUGAACUCAGAGGUGUCCAAAGAUCGUGAAAUUAAAAUUAAAAUGCACUGACUACUUUACACAGCUACAUUUGAACAAACAUAGACUUCAUAAAACCUAUUGCAUAUUGGAUAUGUAUCAAACAAAACUAUAAGACAAAAGUUCUGUCUUAAAGACUAGAUAAUGUUGUAUUAAAAUUUAAAUAAAAAAAACAAGGUUACAAAGACAAUUAGUGUUGAAACUCAAAACCUCAUUAUCAGCCCUGAAGUUGUCCACUCUGUAAUAGUAGGCUAGUAGACAUUAACAAACACUUUCUUAUCUUUUUAAUUGUUGCUUUAUUCAUGUUAGAUCAUCCCUAUAUAUAGGCCUAAAAGGAAUUUAAUUAUCCCCCUAUCUGUAAAUUAGCACAUUCUUUUGACAUGUCAGCAAUGUGGGUUACUGGGUUACAAUAACGAGACGGCCCUGAAAAAACAAUAGCCUAUAUCAGUGAUGCCCAACAUAAUUCGACCUGCGGGCCAUUUUAAUUUCCAACUCUCGUUUCGCGGGCCACAUGACCGAAAAGUUACAUUAACUAAAUGAUAUUGUUCUGAAACUAUUUUACCAAAACCACUUUGAUGUAGUGCUACAUUCAUCAUUUCAUGUGAUAUUUGAUGAUUAUAUUUGUUUACGCGUCAGAAAAUAACUUCGUUUGUCUACUUAAAUUGCUAGCAAAAGUGUAGGUCUCUUUUUGGUUAAUAUUCACAUCGAUCCUCAAAUCUCUAGUUGUAGUGAAACAAUCUUUUAUUCGUGGUUGAAACCCAUAAUGCCGCCAUAAUUAUUUUAUAAUGCCGCUAUAUAUGUUGUUUUAAACAGCCACACUUUCUUUAUAAAACAAAGAUGUAGGCUUAUUAUCAUGUUCCGCAAACUAGUAAAGAUCCGCCCACUGGUCCUGCUAGAUUCUACAUUCAGAGUCUUUGUUCAUAAACGCACAAACGUUAAAGGUCAUGGUAUCAAUACAUCAAAGAAAAUAUGAGAGUCCUAAGUAGGUAAAGAUACAUUUUUCAACCUUUUUUUUUUUUUUGGGAGGGAACGUUUCGGCGGGCCGGAUAUAACAACGUCGCGGGCUGGAUUUAGCCCGCGGGCCGUAUUUUGGGCAUCACUGGCCUAUAUUGACAGAAAAGGCACUUAGCAGUCAAAAUGCGGCUUCACAGUUUUGUACUGUCGUAAAUCCCUUUGCCACUACAACAUUAGAAGGAAAAAAAAAAGAUAGAUAGCAGUACUACAAGAAAACAUCAUAUUUAUAUUUUUUUUUCUCCUUUAUCUCUCUUUCUAUUUUCUUUCUCUAUUUUCCUCUAUCUCUUUAUCUCUCUUUUAAUUUCUUUUUCUCUCGUUCUCUCUUUGUUGACAUUAUGUUUCUGUAUCUUAUCUUAUCUUAUAUAAUACAGACGUUACUUCAAAAAAGAAGAUGAUUACGUCCUACGCGUCAUGCAUUCAGUCAUGCAUAUUAACCAAUGACUUAAAUUCUGCCAAGUCGCUGGUUUUCCUGGCUAGCCCAUUCCAUGCUCUAAUAGCACUUGUUGUUAGAAUAUAGAGUUAUUCCAUUGGUAUGAAAGCUCAUAUACUGUUGUGUGUAACCUGUAUAAUGUGAGGAGGCGCGGUGGCUGAGCGGUAAAGCGCUUGGCUUCCGUACCGGGGGUCCCGGGUUCGAAUCCUGGGAUUUUUAUUUCGGGAUCUUUGGGCGCCUCUGAGUCCACCCAGCUUUAAUGGGAACCUGACCACAUGACACCCUCGUUAACCGUAGGCCAAAGAAACAGGUGAUCUUUACAUCAUCUGCCCUACAGACCACAAGGUCUCAAAGGGGAACUUUACUACUGUAUAAUGUGAGUGUGUGUUAAUAAAAACUUUGAUGCAUCCAUCGUCUAGUGUUGAGCUCAGUGUUUCUUAGUGUAAUGUUAAGCUUGUAAGUGUAUUAUUUAAGGUAUAAUGUGAGUGCGUGUUAAUAAAAACUUUGAUGCAUCCAUCGUCUAGUGUUGAGCUCAGUGUUUCUUAGUGUAAUGUUAAGCUUGUAAGUGUAUUAUUUAAGGUAUAAUGUGAGUGUGUGUUAAAAACUUUGAUGCAUCCAUCGUCUAGUGUUGAGCUCAGUGUUUCUUAGUGUAAUGUUAAGCUUGUAAGUGUAUUAUUUAAGGUAUAAUGUGAGUGUGUGUGAAUAAAAACUUUGAUGCAUCCAUCGUCUAGUGUUGAGCUCAGUGUUUCUUAGUGUAAUAUUUGUGACGAACAGACCGAGCAUUGCAUUAAUAAGUUGAUGAAUUCAUAUGAAGUGAACAAAUA